AUGUCUUGGCUACCAUCAGAUAUUCUCGACGAAAUUUUCCAACAUCUUGCUGCGCUCGGCAAUCCAUUCGAUCAACACUCACCAGAAAUUUACAAUAAUUUAUACACGUGCAUAUUAGUAAACAAACAAUGGUGCAAUAUAGCUAUUCCACAUCUAUGGCGUCAUCCAUUCACAUCGGUUCGAUCUCACGUUCAAUACAAAAUUCUAAAAAUAUAUUUAUCGCUUCUAGACAAAUCCAAACAAGAAAAAAUAAAAAAUGAACUAGGCUUCAAAUUCUCUUAUCUAUCUACUCCAACUUUUAAUUAUGCUUCCUUUUUAAGACAUUUAGAUUACGCUGAAUUGAUUUCAGCUAUUAGAAGUUUUCAUUUCAUUUCAAUGGAGGACGAAAUUUUUGAAGAGAAUAUAAUUUUUAUGAUUUUUGAUCUGAUUCGAGAAUUAUUUGUGACGUCUGGUUCUAGAUUAAUUAGUUUGAGAGUUACGCUUUGUGAUAGUUUAGAGUGUCUUGCGGGAUUUUAUGAUCCGAAUUUUCGUAAUUGGAUUUCAGGAAUCCAUAAUUUAUAUGUUGUUGGUUUAAACGAGGAGACGUGUCCUAGUUUGCAGAUUUUAGCGAAAGAUUGCAAAUAUUUGAGAAAUUUAAGUAUAAGCGCAUGGCAUUUCGAAACAAACAACAAGUCUCAAAUUUUAGAAGAUUACAUAGUCGAUUUUCUAAACUCCCAACGAAAUCUUAAAAAUCUCUCAAUUUUCAGUUGCAGCGGGAUCACGCAAUUAAUAAUGCAAGCUUUAAAAUCGUGCUCAUCCUCACUCGAGCAUUUAUCAUUGGAGAACCUUGAUUUUGACAGAUGCACAAAAUGGGAUAACUUCAAUACAUUUAACAAUCUUAAUAAAUUAACGAUAUUGGAUUGUUUUAAUCUGCCACCGGAGAUGGUUCAUGCUUUACUCAAUUGCAAGUUUUCAAAGCUAUGGCGAGUCAACUUGCAAGAAAAAUCAAGCUUGUUUUUGUAUCCUGAGGAGUUGUUGAAUUGGGCGAAUCGCGUGAAUGCCAUGAAUCCUGAAUUCAAUAAUUUACGACAAAUUGAAGAUUCUGAUCCAAGAGUAUGG